CUAGGCCUUCAGUGCAGUUUAUCAGAAGAUGGCCAUGGCUGUCAAGGGAGAAAACCUUGUGGUCACGAAGCUAAAGCUCGAGAGGAUGCUCAGCAUGAAAGGUGGCAAGGGGGAGACCAGCUAUCUGAAGAACUCACAAGCUCAAGCUCGCCAUGCACGAGCCAUGCUGCACUUCCUGGAAGCAACGCUGAGCGCGAUGAAGCUUCCCUUGCUGGAGGACGGCGGCACGUUUGCCGUCGCAGACCUGGGCUGCUCAUGCGGCACCAACACGCUCUUCCUCAUGGGCAUCAUCGUCGAGCACGUAUCGAAGAUGUACCAAUUGGAGUCCGAGGAGUCACCGAUAUUUGGUGUCGCACUGCAACAGGUGCCCGAGAGGGUGACCGAUAAGCGAUCGCCGGCAUACAACGGGGGGCGGGUCUUCGUCCAUGGCGCGUCCGCGGACACUGCCGCUGCCUACAAGCAGCAGUUCCAGGCGGAUCUCGCCAGCUUCCUGCGCGCCCGCGCCGUCGAGAUGAAGGUUGGCGGCGUAAUGUUCCUCGUUUGCCUCGGCCGGACAUCCAUCGACCCGGCCGACCAAGGCGGCGCAGGUUUCCUCUUCGGCGCCCACUUCCAAGACGCUUGGAACGACCUCGUCGAAGAGGGUCUACUGGAGAGCGAGAAGCGUGACAGCUUCAACAUCCCCGUGUACGCCGCCUGCCUCAGGGAGUUCAAGGAGGUGGUGGAGGCCGAGGGCUCGUUCUCCAUCAACAAGCUUCAGGUCGUCAAGGGAGGCAGCCCGCUGGUGGUCAACCACCCAGAGGACGCCAGUGAGGUCGGGCGAGCGCUCGCUAACAGCUGCCGGUCGGUGGCCGGCGUGCUCGUGGAGGCGCACAUCGGCGAACGUCUGAGCGAGGAGCUGUUCGGGAGGCUGGAGCUCCGGGCGGCACGCCAUGCGAGGGAGCUGAUGGAGCAGAUGCAGUUCUUCCACAUCGUCGCCUCGCUCUCUCCCUCGCUCCCAUCUCAUCCCGCGAGCUGACGCUUUCCUGAUGAGCCCGUUCAUGCGAUUCCUUCGAUUCAUGGAGUACGAGAUGACCGUAGAAGCAUUCAUGCUGUAAUCGGACAUGCUCAUCCAACUGAGCCUGUACAUUCCAAAAGACUGAAUAAGCUUAAAACAUGGGUUUGAGCAAA